AUGGAAUCAUGGCGGGAACGAGGGUUUGUACCGGACUCGGACUCAGAGGUUGACUUUGACAGUCAGGAAUUAAAGGUGGUGAUUGGAAGGUUCGAGGAUGGCGAUGGAGGGACUGAAGAAGUUGUUGCACCUAAUGUGAAGCUCACUGCGCUGGCUGCAGACGAUGAGACAAACGAGGGAGAAUUGGAUGACGCUGGUGAUGAUGGUAUCAACAAAGCUCAGAAUGAAGUACUGGGUUUGAAGGAUGCUGAAGAACGCACGUCUGCCAUUGAUAAGGCUGAGGAGGACUCUGCAACGACGGUGGAUUCAAGGAAGAAGACGUCUCAAAGUGAUUCUGGCUCUGUCCAAGGAAACCAAAAAGAUCCAGCCAGCCAGAGUGCGCCUGCUACGGCAAAGGUGCCAAACUCUUCGCCCAGUUCAGGUGGUGUGACCGCCACGAACCCCAGCGCUCCGUCAACUCCUCGCACCCAGCCGCACGCCGCCAUAUGGGACAUUCCCAGCUCCCCAGACGAGUUACAGUUCGAUUUGCAGCCAUCCCGGAGACUGGUUACUUACUUUUCAAAGAAGAAGGACCCCGAAACCCAGAAGAACUCGCCGACUAUCGAUGAAGCUGAGACACAGCUAGUGAACGAGAAUGACAAUAUCUCUCCUCUUUCUUCCCCUCUCUCAUCCCUUCAUUCGAUAUCUUUGGGGGAAGAUGAUGAAAGUUUACGAGAUAGACCAGAGGGACACAAGGAGACAGCGACCACAGAAACGCAAGCUCCCCAGAAUCGAGAGGAACCGUUGCCACCUUUUGAGAGUUCGGACCGAAUACUACAGGAGAUGUCACAGCCCAUGCGCAGGUCAUUAAGACAGCGGAAUCCUAUCCAAUUACACCCAUACCUGCUCGAAGAUGCGAAGUACCGGAGUCUCAUGAAAGCCAGAGGCCUCAAGCCCGUACGGGUACCUCUGCAUCAAGCUGUACAUGAGACAGCCGACGAGAGUCAAAUCAAGGACUUCGAGCCUCCUUCAAGCAGCCCGGUCGAAGACUUUCAAUUUCCGCCAUCAUCUCCAACAAUAGACCACCCGCUGCCUGAUAGACACAUUCACAAGGAGUCUUCACAUCGGCGUGGUCGUGUAGACCCACAAUUCCAAGACCAUUUAGCGAACAGACCAGAUGCUCGUCCUUCAAAACGGCGAAGGGUAUCCCGACCUAGAAAUACUGACAGACGCUCUCUGAAACAUGCGCCCCAGCCAAAGGUGGUCAUCGGCCAAUCUCCUGCACGUCCUGAACAUGAAUCUAUUUUCAACAUACCGAGUCCACCGCGCUCAGGCAGCAUCUCGUCCACGCAAACCAGCCAGCACGCCGAGGGAUUCCGUUUUCCACUUGGAUUCACGCCACCGACCUUAACUACGCCGGUUACGGAGCCUCGAGUUAAUGCACGCAAUGCUAUAAACUCUGACAUGACGGAUUGGUCGGCCGGCGCUGAUGACCAUGUUUCUGUGGAUGGUAAAUCGGCCACUAACGAGAGUCAACCAAACUCAGACGUGAGCGAGGAUUCAUCUGAAGAAGAUGAUGAGCUAGCCGUCGUAAGGGCUCUACAACGGAAGAUCAAAGGUGUACUACCAGCAUCUUGGCUGCGACUGGACCAAAAGAACCAGAAACAGGGACAUCUCCCUUCCACGCAGCGACAGCGUGAUAGACUGGCAUCUCAUCGAAUAGAAAAUGCUAAGGGUGUUGCCAGGAAGAUCACGAAAAAGAAUGAUUCGAGGAUAGAUUCAACUGUUAGGGAGCCGUUGGCCUCGUUAAGUCAUCUUGCGGAUGAUGACAGUGGUGAAAGUACCGGAGCAGAGGAGAAUAUGCCCGGCGACGCCUACAAGAAGCUGGCUGAGUUAUUUGAACUCGACUUGCCUUUUGACGACGACACUGCCGGAGACGACAUUCCCGAGUCUGAUUAUGUAGACUACAUGUUCCCGCCGAUGCCUCGGGGACCAACAGGUCCACGAACUCGAAAUUCGGGCAAGAAGCGCCAGAGGACAGAAAGAGGUAGCUCACACUCGCAUAGUCGCCACAAAAGACCACGAUUGAAGCGACAGACAAGAAUUACUGAUCCACAAUAUGGAGCGCGAAAGGAGAGGGCUGCGCCGCGCCAGCCUCCUCGGCUAAGCAUUUUAGAUGCUCCGGAUGUUGCUUAUCGGCCUAGAAAUGAGCAGCCUCAGUUCUUGAGGGUCGCUGCGCGAAGAGCACGUUCGCGUAGAGAUAUGGGCAGGAGAAGUCCAUCUCGCAAGUUCAUAAAGCUAGGAUCACGACUGGACACCGAAGAUGCUAACAGGGUAUUGGGCGAGUGGUGGAAAGGAAAGCUCCGGCAGACGCAAUUGCCACGAAUACAGACCGAGCGCUACAUGCGACAACCAUUGUUGGACCGCCCUGUAAAUCAGUCAGGCGUCGGUGCCAAUCAUAGUCCUCAUUCGAAGAGAAGCUUCUCGCCAGAUCCUAAAAGGAUCGCUCAAGUAGAUCUGACUGACCCUCCUGACGAGGCGCAGCCAGAUGUCUCAACAAUCGCUGCUACCACAGAAAGGGACAUUUCGUCGCGUCUGAAGCCUACGUCUGGGCAGCAAGGUAGGAAAUGGGUCAUUCGUCGAAACUUCGCCAUUUCAUCUCUGAAGAGAACCGGCCCACGCCCUGUGGAACCCGAAAUAACAGACGCUGGCAGAAACUCUGCUUCACCGUCGCUCUUUCAGAAAACGCUUGCACUGCUGAAUCGAGACUACCGGCAUAAACACCUGACACACCGGAGCUUACCCCUCCAUCGUUACCUUGCAAACAGUCUCACGUCCUCUCUCCCUACCAAGGUUCAAUCAGAUGUUUCUGCCGGGAUCCCGAACCCGGCCACUGAUGCGUCUCCUACAGCUACAAGUCAUAAUAAGCGCCGCCAGUUGAAGAAACGGCCGCCUAGGCGACUGGACCUUGGUGCGCUCGAUAGUCAAGGGGUUGACACUCGAGAUUCUGGCACUUCCAUGCCAACAGAUAGUCUUGUUCUGGAAAGUUCGCGUUCUACAACCAGCACUAGCAACGGACUAAAGUCUUUUCGGCGCACUUACACUGUUGACUUCGACAUCACGCCUCUUUGUCCUGGCACAUUCUUCCAUGAAUCUACGUUUGUAGGGAGUGGCCAGUUCUCGCGCUCUCUCAAGGUUCAAUCGCGCAAUAUGGAUGUGAAAACGGGUCUGGCUCGCAUCAAAUUGAGAGACCAGAUUUUCCGGUGGGGUGCUUGGAACGACACGGUCUCUUCUGAACUCGGGCAAGUCUUCGACGUUAUAAUUGAAGAGAUAGAGAAGACCGUUUCUGAGACUGCAACAAACAUCGAUCAAGGACCGGCCUCCCGCGAUGCUUGUGCAUUGUACAGGUCGUUAGUCCAGUAUACCACAGAACACUUGACAUUUGAGGAUCCGAUCGAUAGAUUGGGGUUUGUCAAACGAGUCCAGAGUCUCAUUGCAAAACUGAAUGAGCAACUUACGGUAGCGUUGAGUGACGAGCGUCACAGGGAUUAUCUCACUCAACUUGCGUCCUACAAUCUUGUGUUUGCGAGCCAGGCGUUUCAAGUGGCUUGUCAUCCUCUUGUUGAUCGGAAGAUUGCCCAUGAGAGCUCAGACAUGGUUAAGUUUGCUGCCAGACGGGUUCUGGGCUUCGUCGGAAGCCGAAUGGCACAGCUACAGAUGCGCACGUUCCUUCAAGACAACAAAUCUCCUACAAAGCGUGAAGCGGGCAUCCGGGCGGAUCAAUCUGCCCUCGAGGCCUAUGUGAUUGUGCGACAUGUGUUGCAGUCCAUGGAUGAACUCAAAGGUUGCUUCGGUGAGUUGAUUGCCGAAGCCUACUUGUCAGCUGGAGGGGAUUUGAGUAACUCAAGCGAUAUCGAUGGUUUCGAGAAUGGAUGGCUAAGUUUGUUCAUUUCGUUGCCGCUCAACGAAUUUGAUUCCUGCGGGUUGGUCAGGAUUGGAGCACGCUUCCAGGAAGCCCAUGACAACUGGCUGAUGGUGAAACGAUUGCUCUCACCCGUUCUCGAUAACUACGACACCAACGCUGAAACACAACCAAUCUCAUGCAACAAUUACUGCAGAGCUCUUUUCCGAAGAUGCUACCAUCUGAUCAAUGGUUGGGGCUGGCGAGAUUGCAGGCCUAUAAUGCAACUCUUGUAUGACUUCUUUGCGAAAAGGCAUCUCUACGAUCUGAAGCUCGAGGAAAGCUUCAAGUCUCCUUCUUUUCUCGAUGAACUUGACCGCAACCCUUCCUUUGAUGUCCAGCCAGGUGACCCAUCUUUUCAUAUCUUUUUGAAGAUUCUGGCAACCGGGCUGCGAUUUUUGCCACUGUUCUGUGACAAAAAACAGAUCCGAAAUUUUGCUUGGCGACUGCUACCGAAUCACGAUGGAAGGUAUCCCAAGGAAAAGCCCAUUUCUCAAUCGGACUUGGAUGCCGUGAGGAACCAUCAUGAUCUUCUGUGUACGCUCUUCUUUGCUGUUCCUGAUGGGUGUCGGCCAAGACUGGAGAUCAUUAAGACCCUUGUUGACCCUGCCAUUUCCCAUCGUGAAACGUGCAACAUCAGCAUUCGGGCAUGGAGCAGACUCGUACGAUUCAAGUUGUCAACCGACGAGGAUCUAUCUGGGCUCGAACCAUUUGCCGAUUGGCUUUGUUAUUUCCUCGGCGAGUUUUUACGACAGCACUCCAUCGCACGGAAGGAGAUUGAAGCCCAGAACAUUAUAGAAAGAUUCUCUCAGGAAGAGGUGGAGAAGACAAUUUCUCAGAAUCAAAGGCAAAUUGAAUCGUUGCUCACCAUAGCUCUCGGCGGCCUACAGAGCGCUGUUCGUGCGUCUCCUACGCUAGAGCAUGCACGAGUCGUUCUAUGUAAGGCGCCUAUUCGAGCAAUUCUGGGUCUUUUCAAUCCCAGGGUGGCUCGGUUGAAUACUGUAGUUUCCGAGGCGCUCCAGGUAAUCAUUGCUUACCUUCAAAAGUGUAACGAGAACCCCGUCGCUGCGGCGAAGACUACCGCAGUUCCGGUUGACGAAGACAGCCAAGAGUAUGGGGACUGGACUGACAUUGAAGCAAUUUACGGGGGCGAAAGCCCUCCAGUAAGCAGAGGUGUUGAGCACGUGGAAUCGAUUUUCCUUCCUGCAGUAUCCCGUCUUGUGUCAAACUGCUUUGGUGAAGAUUACUGUCCUGAAGAUGCAACACUCCUGAAAGUUGUUGAUUGCUGGACUUCCAUUGCCUCGGUUCUUGUGAAACACGGGCUGAAACAUUGGGAUAAUUAUCUUGGUCAUUACGAUGGAGAGUCGUGGUCGUCGCUUCGAUCGACUGUGCAGACAAGGAAGUUUACACCCCUCUUCCUUGCAAGCUGUAUUGAGAAAGACCCAGAAUGCCUGUCUGAGUGUAGGCAUUUGAUACUGAGCAUGUGGCUGUCAAGCUUGGUGGAACGGGUAUCGAUGUUAAAAUUCCAGCAUCGUCUCACGGAGGCGCUAUUAAACCUGGACACCAUGAACCCGUUAUUGCACAACUUACCGUUCUCAAAAGAUCGGCAGAAUGAUCGGUAUUCGAUUUCGUUGGACGAUCUCGGUCAACGAAGGCUGUCACUUCUCUCGAGUCUACUUUCAAACAUGCGAGCACAUGUGCAGGGUCUGGAAGAUACGGAAAGUCGGGAGCUGUCAAGUACGAGGCGGGACUACAGAGAACUGAUUCAGCGGAUGAUGGCAUCCAUGAAGGCGAACUACCAGGAGCUGGGCAGUGGAGGAGCCAGCGCACAAGGAGCUUACGUUGACUUUGUCCAUCGGAUCGUUGGGUUCCUGCAACAAUACAGCAGGGAUAUCUGCCCUAUUGAUCCAUUCUUCACUGAUCCUACCUCUUUCCCACUCCCGUCGGCGGAUCCAACCUACAUUGUCGCCAGACUCAAGAGCUACGAACCGAAGCUUUGUUCUGAGAAGGUAGUGAAGACCUUGAUUGUGUUUGUCCAGGGUGUAUCGGAGAGAGCAGCUAUCGAUGGGCAGCAAGUAUAUCUGGUUGACCAGCUCCAUACGUCCAUGGCAGAUAUCUACGAAACUGGAGACCCAUGUAAGCCUACUUUGCGUGCAGUUCUCCUACAAUGCGUGUUUUCCGCCUAUAUCGAGUGCGCUUUCAGCAAUCCUGCCGCAUGGCUCCUCAGUCGACCGAUUAUACAGACGGUGUCUCUCGUCUUCAGAGACUUGCUCUUUUUCAUGGAUAUCACGGAUGCAAUGUGUCGGUCUUCCGUCUUAGCUAGUCUUGGUGCUGUCUUCCGGUCAUCCUACCAAGCCUUUCAGUAUAUCACGGGGUACCCCCUCAUGCCUACCGAUUCUACCGUGAUUGCCACACUUACUAGUCUUGUCGAAAUGGUUACCUCUGCGAUCCAAGUUGUCGAUUACAUUGAUCGAGCGACAGAUAUGGGAGGAUGUGUCAUCUCACAGAUCGGUGCUCUUCGUGAACUUGUUCUUUUUGUCACGUCUUCCCUUCGUGAACAGUCGCUAGCUAGCGAGGUAAUGGACCGGGGACAUUCAUCCAAGGUCUUCGAUAACGUUCACACUACGAACCAUGCCGUCCCAUCGUUCUUCCAUGAUCUUCGCACUGCAGCUACACAUGAAUUGCAAGCCUAUCUCAGCGACAGCUGGUCUCAACAUCAGGGAAAGUACUACUUUACCCGGCGCGGCGGUCACCAGCCACAGGAGGUCCAUCUUGAGCCUUCAGUCGCGGCAGAGAUUGAGAGCACACCAGUGGCAGCGUUUGACCAGGCUGUCCAGACCUUUUUGGAUACGGUGAGGGCCGUUGACUUAUUUGAUGAGGCGGAUUAA